GACUAAAGAUUCUUGAGAGGUGAGACCGGCAAAAUUGGCGAGUAUGCAACAUUCUUUCGCUCUCUCUCUCAUUCCGCAUUGUGUUCGGUUCCUUGUAUGGUUUUCUGCCACCCAACUAACCCAUGUAUUAGCCAAAGAAUCGUAGUGUAUGAUUUCCAAGCUAUUCUUGAGUGGGCUAAACUGAUCAAGUGGCCCAAUAGUUUUCCUUGGCGAAAGCUUCGAUAUCCAUUCCAGUUUUCGGUGGCGUGACCUUUUCUUAACCUGUGGGCAGUCGAUUACGAUCCAGUGGAUGAACCUCAACCUCGGGACUAAAUCUUCAUCCGUCGUCCAUCAUCGACCCGGCCACCUCGAGAUACACAGCUCAACCUCCCCAGACCGUUUAGCUUAUUUCUCACAACUCCAGGACCCGACAACGGAAUGUUUAAGCACUUGGGAAAGGGCCUUUCCUUUCUUGUUAUCCUGAGCCUCGCCUUGGCAGUCGGUUUGAAGUUUUUCUUCAAUAAGAAUCUUCGGCAUGUCAAGGUGGAACUAGAUUAUGGCUCCUUUAUUGGCAAAGUACAAGCCAUCCAUCGUCUUGAGCGCUUCUAUGGAAUCCCUUUCGCCGAACCGCCGGUGGGGGAGCUCCGUUUUGCAAAUCCAAUCAAACCGAAGAAAACUUACUACAAUCGAGACGCUACCAAACGGACAGCUGCGUGUCCUCAACAAACCUUCGGUGGAAACACCUCCAGCGAACCCUAUCAAAGUUGGCUCAAUGGGAAAAAAUUGAAUCCUCUUGGGCACAUCAAAGCCUUUGGACCCGGUCAAGAAGACUGCUUGACACUAGACAUCACCAGACCAGCAGGCACAACAAACUCUUCUCGUCUUCCAGUGAUGUUCUUCAUUUUCCCCGGUGGCUUUAAUUAUGGGGUGAGCUGGCAGUUAACUCCCAAGUUCCUGGUUAAGGAAAGUAUGGAUAUGGGUCUUCCGAUCAUCCAUGUCACAGCAAAUCAUAGACUAAAUGCCUUUGGAUUUUUGGGCGGUAAAGAAGUAGCUGAAGCGGGCGUUGGCAACCUCGGAUUGAAAGAUCAAAGAUUGACUAUGGAAUGGAUCAAAACUUACAUCUCUCAAUUCGGCGGGGACCCUGAUAAAGUGACCAUCUAUGGCGAAUCAUCUGGUGCCAUUUCUGUAUCGCAUCAUAUUAUGGCCUUUAGAGGACAGCACAACAAUCUUUUCCGAGCCGCUAUAUGUCACAGUGGAACCGCGAUUCCGGUUGGAAAGCUAUCUGAUGGCGCCGGUCAACAAGCUUUCGAUCAUAUUGCAAAAUUCGUAAACUGCCAAGAUGCAUCCGAUAAAUUGGCUUGUCUUAGAAAGGCGCCUUACAAAAAACUUCUCAAGGCUGUGGAACUUUUUCCCGGAACGUUUUCCUUCGGUGCAUUCCCUUUGACAUUUUCACCUGUAGUCGAUGGAGAAUUCGUCACUGGAUCUAUACAGAACGCGCUCAAAGCAGGAGAAUACGCCAAAGUCCCCAUGAUAACAGGAGACGUCCUGGAUGAAGGUACGGUUUUGGCACUGGGUACGCUCCCCCUGCACACAGAAGAGGAUCUAAGAAGGUUUAUCUCCAAGAAGUUCGAGAAGCCAACACCCGAGCUUAUUGCGAAGAUACUCGAGCUUUGGCCCUCAGAUCCUAAAUUAGGCUCUCCGUUUUCCUCUGGAAAGAAGUAUGCUCUCACACCGGUCUAUAAGCAGUAUUCGGCAAUACUCGGUGAUAUAGGCUUCCAGGGCUUGAGACGCCUAUUUCUCCGAGCGACUUCCUCGUCCAUGUCGACGUGGAGCUAUAUUGACCAAUCAAUGCAGCAUGACCCAUAUAUUGGAGCAUUCCAUGCAUCGGACCUGCCUGCUCUGUUUGGAUUGAUCCCAGGUGGGCAGCAAAAAGAGUAUCAGACCCGCUGGAUCGCCUUCGCAAACAACUUGGAUCCAAACUAUCCGGGGCUUUCUCAGUGGCCUACCUAUGACAAAGGCGCCCAAAACCUGAUCAUUGAUAAACACGGCGCCGCUGGGGUUGCAUCAGACGACUUUCGCUCGGAUGCUAUCGAGUUUUAUCUCUCUAACAUUGAUGCCAUGACCUUCAUAUCCCAGUAA